ACUAAAAGAGCUGAACCGAAGAAACAGUCACCUGAGACCAACCCAGAAACAUCAUAGGCCUAUCACUCAACAAUUUCUCACUGAGCUAAACAAGGGCUGUGAACCUGUUCAGUUUGCUCCUGACUUUCUCCAUGAUUGUGCCCCCAGUUGUUUAAAACAGAUAAAGGGGAUUUCCAGACUGAGAGAACCUGACCUGUCCAACCUUAGAAAUGUAUGUAACUACAAAUCCACGCACACACAUCCGUGCUUACAAUUUUAACCCAGUAUCCCAAACCCGAAAAUUUCCGCGAUCAACCGAUGAACUCAAACAAAUCAAGGUCUUAUAGUAGAAAGCAGCGCGCGGAAUCUCCUCCAUCAUCACAAACUGGUGAUAUCAAAGGCACCACAAGAACCACAAGCACCACAGCCUAUAGUCAGAACUUCCAGCAGAACCUAAUCAAUCAUGGAGUCUAUCCACCGGAAUAUAGCACAACCAAGAGCUUCACUUUCACCCUCAAAGCUUUCUGAAGAUUGCUUUGAAGGCUUCCGAGAAGCAGACACAUAUGCAUCUAAGGAGAAACCAGUUACAAAUUCAGUUGUACCCAUUCUUGAUGACAAUGUUGAAGACCCUAAAUGUGUUGGAGGGGAUUACCUCUUUGAGAAUCUUGCUCCUUUGACUGAUGGCAUGCUGGCUCAGGCCAAACCAGAUCACUUCUACAGCGCGCGUCCUGAACAGCUUGAUUGUCAAAUCUGCAACGAACUUAGUGACCAUAUCAUUCCAUCAACACAGGAUGACCUUCCAAUGGUACCAAACUUCUUUUUGGAAGCAAAAGGCCCCGAUGAAUCCUUGGCUGUGGCUACAUGGCAGGCUUGUUAUGAUGGCGCACUAGAAGCUCGGGGUAUGCACACUCUCCAGUCAUACCAACAAGACAGAUCAAGAUCAACUUACGACAACAGUGCUUACACUCUUAUGUCGAUUUAUCAUGGCGGUACACUGAAGCUGUACACAACUCAUCUCACUGAGCCCGAAGGCCCAGGCCAUUGCCCUGAGUAUAUUAUGACCCAACUCAAUACUUGGGGCAUGACUGGGAACUUGGAAACGUUUCAGCAAGGAGCAUGCGCAUAUCGAAAUGCUCGGGACUGGGCAAAGGAAAAGAGGGACGAAUUUAUUAGGACAGCAAAUGAAACGCACUCAAAGGCUCAAUCUCAGCUUCUUCAUUUGACAUCUCAGAGCCAGACGGCUUCCGAGGCAGCUCCUACCGUGAACGACUCUGAUGUAUCGAUGUUGUCUGAGUAUUCGAAUGCGCAAUGGAGCUUUGCAGCUACAACUGAAGAAGGGGAAGAAGAGAUUCUAAACAGAAAUUCCAAGAAGCCGAGAGUUAGUUCCAUUGGUCAAGGGGAGGGCUCGUAGUUAUCCAGUUGUGUUUUGCAACGGUGUCUAACAUAUCGGAACUGCCGCCAGUGGUUGCUGCAAGAAUGUGAUAAGUGUGACCUGAUGAUGAAAACGAAUCGCCGUCGAUUGAGAUAUCAAGGGAAAUGUGCCAAGAUCUGAUUGAACAUGCUAUGGAAAGCGAACAGCAGCGGAUUGGUCUCUUAAGUAGAUGGCAAGGAGAAGUGAGCGGCAUACAAAUUCACGAGGAGUGUCUAUGACAUAUGGA